CCCAAACACAUCUCCGAGCAAAAAUGACCCUGUUCUCCGUUCUCGCCGUCCCCUCCUUCAAGAACGCAAGUGGCCCCGGAAGCGGCGAGGUGGACUGCGCCGAAGACAUCGAGGGCCAGCCGGCGAAAGCGGCGGAAGCCGAGAUGGAUCCCAGAACCCGGCAGAGCUGCACUGAAGUCCAUGAGCACGAUCAUUCACAAGCUGAAACAUCUUGUGGCGGAGGAGCUGAGCGCCCCAUGGCUCUUAUGCUUCAGACCGUUCUUGAAGAGGCGAGUCAGUACCAUAAUCACACCGGCAACAAUCCAUUAGAUCAACAGCGAGAUUUUCCUGCAGCAACCACUGGUAGAGGUGCGCCCGAAACAGCCGAAGUUCAUACAGCAAUCAAUAUAAAUUCAGAGGCGGUAUGGUGAACUUUGAAAUAUAUAAGCAACCUAGUUUUUUUUGCAAGUUCUCUUUAUCAGCAUUCAGCAAUAUGAUAGUUCUCAUAUCUGGUGGUGUAUAAUUUAGCUUUUGACAUUCCAAUUUUUGUAACAACUCAGGACUUCACCCAAAAAGACUAACCAGAAAAUACUUUUGGGUUCUUUAGUUCUAUAUAAAUAUCCAAAAUAUCUCCGACGAAUAAUCGAUGUAGAAUUAAACACACACCCGCAAGGAUUCUCACAUACUUUCUUCAUUUAAGCUCCAGCGUCCUCAUCAGGCUAAGGAUCCAAUGAAAGAAACUUGGGAGAAAUAAUAACACUAUAAGCGGAAGAAAAGACAAUCAUAUAUAAUACGGACUGACCUCCAGCCAUAGUUGUUUAAGCUGAUUAGAGAACCAAGAGAUUAGUUGGAUAAAAUCCCAGCAAACCUCACAACCCUCACUGUCUGUAUGGAGAGUAAAGGAUAGAGUUUUCAGCCUAGUCUAUUUCCCAUAAGUAUGUGACCUAGUGGAUAAUCACAGGCAAUUUUAUAGACAGGCCAAGACCCAUAUCCACCUGAAUAUCUCACCCACUUUCCUUCCAUCAAGGAAGUGGAGAUACCCACUCAACGUUAACUAGCCCUCAACGUUAACAUGAUCUAAUUGAGUGGUUACAAGCAGUUACGUUAAAAUCUCAACUCCCAGAUAUGA